AUGAAAUCAAUUUUAUUUAUUACUUUAAUAGCUUUAACUAUUUUUAUUAGUACCUGCUCUUCUUACCCAACAAGUCUUGUUCAAGGUGACUAUAAUGUUUUUUGGACUGAUCAAGUAUGUACUUCAUCUGGUGUAACCACUGUAUCAAGAAAUGAAGAUGGAUAUCAAGCCAAUUUCACAAUGCCAACCGCUUUACCAAUCAGAUUGGUCAACAUUACUGUAGGUUAUGAUGGUAGUCUCUCUGGUCUUGGAGCUAUCUAUCUCAAUGGAGAUAUGUCCUUUACCCAAAUCAAGGGUGUCAUUACUCAAUUUGGUGCCUUUACUGUUACAUAUGUUCCAAAUGGCCCAUAUUUCACAAGACCAAUUACUGCUUACUACCUUCUCACUACCUGUAAAUCUAUCAGCAGCAAUGUUGAUCAAGAACAGUAUACUGCCAACUUUAAUAAUAAUAAUGGUCAAUAUUCUCCCUAUUAA